AAGACACGCAAAAUAGAAGAGCUGAAAGCAAAAAUAAAAGGGAAAAGUGACUGAAGGCUGCAAGAGAAAAACUAGGUGGCUGCUGCUUGGCACAAAAGUUUUCCUUCGCCCUUUUCCCAUACUUUAUUGUCGUCGCGGAAAAUAACGGAACCAGUGUUCGGUGUCGUGAAAAAAAAUAUGAUUUUUAUACGGAUCGGAUUGUGCAAAGCCAACAGCUCUUCCUGAUGGUUCGCGGUUCCCAAAACGGAUCGAAUAGAAGUUCUAGGAAGCUCCGCCGAGAGGAGCGAAUUUAGUGACCAAGUGUUGUUUUGGCCUCAGAUGAAAUCGUGGAAAGGCCACGGGAAAGUGUUGUAAUUGAAAUUGGUCCUUCCUCUUCCAAUUUGGUGUUGUUUGAAGAUUGAACGUUACGGUGGAGGGUUUUCCGGAGGUCAUCUCAAGAAAGAGUUUCGUGUCUCGGGGAAGAGGAAGGAGUGUUUGCUUAUAGAAUGCGGACAUUGAGUGGAUCCUGGUGCUUCCUGCUGCAUUAUGUGGCACUGGCGGUGGUUUUGUCCAACUGCGACGCAAAAGCGGACCACAUUCCGUCCGUUCCGACGCACAACAUGUCCCACAAAGAGCGGAACGAGUUAAAGGAGGAAGCCCGGGAAAUGUUCUACCACGCGUACGGGGCCUACAUGGAGAAGGCUUACCCGGCGGAUGAGUUGAUGCCCCUGAGCUGCACCGGAAGGUAUCGAGGAAUUACGCCGUCGCGGGGAGAUUUGGACGACGUUCUGGGCAACUUUUCGAUGACCCUGGUCGACACAUUGGACACUCUGGUCAUAUUGGGUGAUCUGGAAGAAUUCGAGCGGGCGGUGAAACUAGUUAUCAAGGAUGUAAAAUUCGACAGUGACAUCAUUGUCUCAGUUUUUGAAACCAACAUCAGAAUGGUCGGCGGUCUUUUGUCGGCCCACAUUCUGGCGGAGUACGUGCAAAAGCAGGCCGACGUAAUGACGUGGUACCGCGGUGAACUGCUCGAAAUGGCGAAGGAUCUGGGCUAUCGAUUACUGCCGGCCUUCAACACGUCGACCGGGAUUCCGCACGCAAGAGUUAACCUUAAACACGGCAUGAAAGUGGAAGCAUUGCGUCAUUCAAGGGAAACCUGCACAGCAUGUGCUGGAACGAUUCUGUUGGAAUUUGCGGCCUUGUCCAGGUUGAGCGGUGAGCCUAUUUUUGAGGCCAAGGCUCACGCUGCAAUGGAUGCCUUGUGGAAGAUGCGACACCGAAGCUCGGACCUGAUGGGGACGGUUUUGAAUGUUCAUUCCGGGGAUUGGAUCCGGCGCGAAUCGGGGGUUGGAGCCGGAAUCGAUUCCUACUACGAAUACUGCCUCAAGUCAUACAUUCUGUUGGGAGACGAGCGAUACUUGGCUCGCUUCAAUAGGCAUUACAAUGCCAUCAUGAAAUACAUCAGCCAAGGUCCGAUGUUGUUAGAUGUGCAAAUGCAUCGACCCCAUACAAAAACGAGGAAUUUCAUGGAUGCUCUGCUAGCAUUCUGGCCAGGAUUACAGGUGCUGUCCGGAGAUUUGAAACCGGCUGUGCAAACUCACGAGAUGCUCUACCAGGUGAUGCAGAUGCACACUUUCAUUCCCGAAGCAUUUACCUAUGACUUCCAGGUGCACUGGGGACAACACCAUUUACGACCGGAGUUUAUCGAAUCCACGUAUUUCCUCUAUCGCGCAACUGGAGAUCACUAUUACCUUCAGGCUGGCAAAAAGGCGCUGAAGGCUCUGCAGAAGCACGCCAAAGUUCCUUGCGGUUACGCCGCAGUCAAUGACGUUCGUACGGGUAAGCACGAGGACCGAAUGGAUUCCUACGUGCUGUCGGAAACAUUCAAAUACUUGUACCUGCUGUUUUCCGAUCCUUCCGAUUUGCUGUUGAACAUCGAAAACUUCAUCUUCACUACCGAAGCCCAUCUACUGCCACUGACCCUGGGCCAACUAGGAAAUCACACAUUCAACAUCAAAGAGCACGAAGAAGGCAAUAUGCUGGACUUUAUGCGUUCCUGUCCAAGCCCGAACAAGUUAUUUCCUGAAACGGUUAGACGUCCCCUUAGAGACCUGGUUACGGGAGUCUGCCCGCGUAUAUCGAGUGCCAAAAGACUUAGAGCGGCUGACUUUCAGGCAAGCAAUGCAGAUCAUCUACGGACAGUUUAUGACAUGGGUAUUACGAUGGUUUCUCUAGGCGAAGGGAAGGUGCAACUGCUGCAUAGCUUCUUCAAUGCCAAGUCCCCUGAGGACGCCGAACGAGGUCUCAUCUUCAUGCAGGAAAUGGUCGAGCUUUCCAAAUCGAAUGCCAUUCCGAAGACGCAACUGCAGGAAGUAUCAUUCCAGCGAAGCGGUGAGGAGCUCCAGGUGCUCAAAGCGGGUCCAAGUCAUUUCGGGCCGGAACUGACGGGAGAUAUGUCGAUUUCCCAGAGGGCGGUGUUCGCCAGUCCGUCCAAAGUUUGCACAAGCCUUAAAAACAGCAGAGAGCUUAAAGGUAGAAUAGCCAUUCUAGAGCGGGGUGAUUGCACAUUUGUGGACAAAGCACGAAGGGUUCAAGCAGCCGGUUCCGUAGCCGCCAUCGUGUACGACAACACACCGAACACCUCGAUCGACAAUCAGCAGAUGUUCGCCAUGUCCGGCGACGGGCAGGACGACGUGAAAAUUCCAGUGGUGUUCCUUUUCACCAGGGAAGCCGAAGUGCUGCUCGCGGCUGUCAAAGCGGAUCCCAAACUUGAGAUCACCCUGAGGGCCGUGAAGGAGCUGAGUGAUCUGCAUUCCUCUUCCUCCUCCGGUGCGGCCGCGAAAGCAUAUUCACAAAAGACGGAAACCAAGACUGAAUCUGCCCAGACCUCCAGCAGUAGUAGCAGCAGCAGCAGUAGCAGCGAAUCAAAAUCAAACAAGCCAUAAUAGUAAGCGUGCGGCCUUCGUCGAAUGCUGAGGGCGAUAAAAAAACACGACUAUAGGUAAAAGUUGAGAUAACAAAACAAAUUGGCAUUAGCGAAAAAGUUGACGAAACAGUGUAUAAAAGUUUGUAAAUUUUCCUUCGAGAGAACACUGUGCAAAGAUGAGACUAGGUAUAUGGAAGAGAGAGUAUGCGAGUGGACGAAACUGUGCAUUUUUUCUUUUUCAAAGUGAUACAUUUGUUGACGAGAAGUAUAAAGUGUAAUGUGAUGCAGUUUAAAUGUUGCAGUACUGUGAGUAGUUAAGACUAGUGUAAAGUUUUAUAGCAUAAGUUAGGUUAAUAUAAUAAAUGAAAAUUGUGAGAAUGGCAGCAGGUUGUUAUGCAAUUAAGUGAAGGAAAGUGUUAGUAACAUAUCAGUUGGAUAAACGAUUGUUGAAGAUGAGGCGGAUUGGUCGAGCUAAAGUGUUCCAAACCGGUGCUAAUCAAAAAAUAUUCACUGUAAAAAAAGAGAUACAAACGAAACGUACUGUACAUAACUUACCGGAUUUUACUAAAUCAUGAAACUGACGUAGAACGACUGAGGCUGAGCGGGAAUGGAGUUCCGUAAAACAGUCAAUCCGCACCCCAUUCGCCACAUCUCAGCUGAAUAGCAGUUUUAGAAUACUUUCGCCUGUACAUAGCAAGGAAUUAUGGAAAAGAUUUUGAUACCUUCCAAGAAGUCAUUUCCUAUAACAGCAGUCGCUAGUUAGUCACAAUCAAGAUGCAAUAUGAUAAAGAAUUUAUCUUAAAUCAUAGAAAGUAAUAGUUGUGAAUAAAAAAGAUAUAAUUGCCUGCUAAGCGAUAAGUGAUUUCUUAUAUCCCUGUUCUAAUUUUGUAAAUAAAAACGAAUGUUUUACGAUAA